UGCUGGUCUGUAUGGUCCCGCGAGACGCGGCAUGACUAGCACGUCUAGUGUAGAUCUGACGAUAGGUGGCAGCAGGAUAGGCACCCAAAGCUGGCAUGGAAAGGGCACCCUGGUACCUGAGGCUCCUCUCAGUAUGUCCGCCGUGUUGCUGUACAUGUGGAAGGAAAUGAUGUACGUGGAGGUCAGCACUGGAAACACGUGGAGAGCACGUGGCCAGGUAUCAGCUCCAAGUAAAGCCGCCUGCACGGCCAGCAAAACAGUUCUUUGUCAGGUCAGUGAAGUGACCGUAGACGGCCAGGCGUCGGACAGGUUGAAAAAGGUCCUGGACACGAAUGGCUUGGCUGCUGUUCAUUACGACGCACUUGCAAAGACUCUUAAUAUGAGUGUCCUUGUAUUUGACGCUCGCCAAGACGAAAAUGUGACCGGUGUACAAGUAACCUCUGGUAGCAGUCAGCUGUGUUCUGCGGGCGGAGAACUGUUUGCGCCAUCACUUCUUCAAGACAAGGGUUUUAUGUUAAAGGACCAUACCAUGGAGGUGGCUCUGGAUGACGACAACAUAGCAGCAUUGCAACGGGGAGAGGUCAAGGUGAAGGUAAUGACUUCGCGUUAUCCUGACGGCAUUUACGGCAACAUUCCGUCACUCUCGCAAAUGCCGCAACCAAGCACCGCCAAUCCAAGAAGCACGCGCGGUCCAAUAAGUAGAGGGAGCCACACAACAACGGGAGCACCAGUUAUAAUGACUGCUCUGCUUGUUUUGGCCAAGAUUAUAUAAAUGAUCAAUCAAAUAUUAAUUGAAAAAACCAUCCGUGCAUGAAAUAUGUUUGCGAAUCAGCCUUAUAUAUUGCCAUAUAUGUAUUGCCCCUAUUUUACAGUUCUAAAUGGAGUUUCACCAAAACUGACUUACGUCUUGUUAAUCCCUUUCUUCCAUAACAUUUGACCCACUUGUAUGUCACUUACAACAACCCAAGAUCAACUAUUUUUGAGAUUAGAAAAAUUGAUUUUCAUAUUAUACGUGACGUGCAUGAGAUAAGCAUCGCCGUCAUUUUUAAGAGGCUAUUUUUACCUAUAAACUUUAUAUUUUUAAAGAAAAAUUCCAGUUGGUACUUAUAGCAAUGAAUGACUUUUUAGAUGAAACUGAUUUUCUUUUCAUAAAUAUUUAAGUUUUUGAUUAAGUAUUUUUUAAUUUUUAAAAAGAUUUUAUGAUGUGUUAUGACUUUUGUUUCGAAAGACAAUCAGAUUAUUGGUCGUUAAUAAAUUAGCACAUUAGGAAGAGCAAACAGUGUGCUAUAUUAAUAUAACAGUGUUUUAUGUUAUAUCCUAUGU